CCUGAAGGAAGGGAGAAAUAGAAGGACAGAAGUACAGAAGAAAAAUUAUAAGAAAGAGAGGGUAGAAGAGACUGGGAUACGAAACAAGAAAACCACACUAAAAAUUGAACAAUACGUAGCACUGUAUCCAUAAAGGAGAAGGUGAAGGGGAGAAGGCAAGAAACACAGGGACAGAAAAAAGGAGAUAUUUAUGGCAGACAUUCAGUCCCAAGACAAAGCCUGACCCCUGCAGUUUGUUUUCCACCCCACAUCCAGGUUGGAGCAUGGCGCUGUUCCCACUCUGCAAACGCCUCGCAGGAUCUGCCAGAGUGUUAAGAAAGCAGUUGGCCCUGUACUGCCUGCUUCUGUUUCUGCUUAUAUACUUCCUUAAAGGCAGAAGAACGGCAGUCAAGAUCGAUAAACCCCCCAUCUUUCGCUCUCUGGGAUUGGACCUCAGCGUUGAGGCCAGAGCAGUGACUGAGGAAACUGUCAAGGAGAAGAGACAGCGCCUCCAUCAGGAAACAUGGUGGGGCGCUCCGCUGGUGUGGGGUGACAGUUCCAUUUCAGUUUGGCGGAGAGACGAGUUUGGCCAACGGAGAGUCCACACCGGCCUGUUGACGCUAGCGGUGGGCGGUUACGCCGGUUUCCUCCCUCGCUUCCUGUCUUCGGCCGAACUCCACUUCCUACCGGGUGCCACCGUCACUUACUAUAUUCUGACAGACAGCCCUCGCACACUGGAGCCGCUGCCCCUUCUUGCCCCCAGGAGAAAUCUGAAGAUAGUCCCCGUGGCGGAGCUAGUUGGCUGGAAGCACCUAGCCCUGCGGCGCAUGGCCUUGCUGGCCUCCGCCAUCAAAGACCCAAUUCGUAAUGAGGUUGAGUAUGUCUUCUGCGCUGAUGUGGACCAAGAGUUUGUGGCCCCGGUGGGGGCAGAGAUCCUUGGGGAACUGGUGGCCACGCUGCACCCGGAGCUGUAUGGGAUGCCACGGCACGCCUUCCCGUAUGAGCGUGAGCCAGACUCAUCGGCCUUCGUGGAGGAUGGGGAAGGAGACUAUUACUACACGUCAGAGCUGUAUGGUGGCCUGUGCCCCGAGGUGUACACCAUGGCCAGAGCCUGCUCUCAGCUCAUCCUCCAAGACCAGGAGAGGGGGGUGCAGAUCGCCGGUCUGGAGGAGAGCUACCUGAACCGCUACUUCAUCAACCGGAGGCCCACCUGCGUCCUGUCGCCGGAAUACAGCUGGUGGGAAUCUGCCCUGGCCGCAGAUGUGCCGGCAAAGAGGCUAGUCUCCCUAGGGAGGCAGUGUGAGUCUCUGGAGCCACAGAAAAGAGAGCAGCAUGGCUGCUGAGAUAUGGGGACGCGUGGGGUGGUGAGAUGAGUCCAAUUGCUUGCUUGGCUCAUGUGGUUUUGGCAUGGUACUUGGGCUAAAUGCGAUUAGUUGUGACGAUUACCAAACAAACUACUUCUACAUGUGACCAUGUAGGCUCCUUACUUUAACCUAUGCACAGUAGUAUGAUACUCUGGUGAAAGCUGUGGAUUUUAAUGAUAUGUAGGAUCUGCUGCAGGCAUUUCUCUUUGAAAGGUGAGAAAUGAUUGCAUGGAUAGAAUCCCAAAAUGUAUAUUCUUGUGAAUUAAGUGAUCUAUGAUACCUUUGUCUAUAGCCUCUUACAACGCAUAAUUUUUUAAUAAAG